AUGGAAGAAGAGAUAAGAUGUUUUGUUUGUAAAGAAUUCUACAGGGAACCAGUAUUACUACCUUGUGGGCAUGCACUUUGCAGAGUUUGUGCUGUCAAUUUACAGACUCAUAUACCAGAAGGAGAUAACUCUGCAGCCUCUAACGAUUACCAAGAAGCGGACAAAGCCUCGGUAUCUAGCGAAACUGACAGUGGAGUAGUAUGUGGAUCAAGGCCUAAUAGUUACGCAGGAACCCCAGCAGCGCCCGCGUAUUCGAGCGCAGCGUUUACAAUAACUUGUCCAUCCUGCAGUAAAUUAGUUUACUUGGAUGACAAUGGAGCCGAAGGACUACCUCCGUUUCGCGUUAUGCGAACUAUUGUUGAGCGAUUCGGUGGUGUUACUGGUGCUCCGCCUGCUGAGGAAGCCUGCCAAAUGUGCGAAGGUGAAAGGCGAGCAGCCGUGGUGAGAUGUGAGCAAUGUUCAGUUCGGUACUGCGCCGGCUGCCGCGACGCCUGGCACCCCACACGCGGGCCCCUGGCUCAACACGAGCUGCGGCCGCUGGGCACCACCUGUGCAGAUCAUGGCUCGCCGCCCGUCCUCUAUUGUAAUGCCUGUUUAGUGCCCAUAUGUCAGCGCUGCCUUGCUGAAAGACACUCUACACAUGAGACACAAGCUUUAUCCACAGCUGCCAGGGCUCAUAAGACUGAAUUAUCACAAUCAUUACAACAUCUAUCAGAACAAGCCAAAGCCAUGACAGAAUACAUACAGCUAGUUAAAGGAACAGGGGACAAAAUUAAUGAAUCUUGUGAAGAAUUGGAGAAACAAAUUGACAAUGCUUGUUCUGAAGUAACUCGUGCCAUAGAGAGGAGACGUGAUGAGCUUAUACGUGCAGCUAGAAACACACGAUCUCAGGCCAUAACCAAUAUGCGCUCUCUGACUUCACAUGCUGCUCAGAAACUGCGAGAAGCAACAGCUCUGCUGCACUUCUCCAUAGAAGCUCUCAAAGAAUCUGACCAUGCAGCUUUUCUACAAGUGGGGAACAUAUUGUCGGCGCGCGCGCAAGAGACCGCUUCGAAUCUGUGUUCGUCAUUAGACACUCCGCCCACCGCCCCCGCCCUCACACUCGAUGUGGAGCCAGUGUUGCGCACCGUCAGAAGUAUGAACUUCGUGGAAUGCAUACCAGCGGAAUGUCUUAUGAAGUCAUCAGCGCCCGGCGCUCCUGAGAUGGCAGUCGAAGCCUGUGCAGCGCGUGGCUGUUCGUGCACGCUUGCGUGGCGGGCUCCGGCACAACCUCAUGCCGUGCGUGGAUAUGUGCUGGAACUAGACGACGGACUGGGCGGGCCAUUCCGGGAAGUAUACUGCGGGCGGGAAACAGUUUGUACUAUAGAUGGAUUGCACUAUGCCUCGUUGUACAGCGCCCGGGUGAAGGCUUUCAAUGGAGCUGGGGAAGGUCCUUACAGCGAAGUAAUCGGGCUUCAAACCUCUCCAGUGGCAUGGUUCACAUGGGACGCGCGGUGUGCGGAGGCCGAAGGUGGAGUGACACUCAGUGCAGACGGACUAAGCGCGGCUGCAACGGGCUGGCAGCCACGCGUCGCACUCGCAGACCAACCACUCGCUCGCGGAAUGCACUACUGGAGACUGCGCAUUGACAGAUACGAUGGAGACGCUGAUCCUGCUUUCGGAAUUGCUAGGGCGGAUGUUGCCAGAGAUAAGAUGCUAGGUAGCGACGCAUUGGGUUGGGCGAUGUAUAUCGAUGGUUCGAGGUCGUGGUUCGUGCAUGGCGGCGCGCACGGUGGUCGGGCGGCGGGAGGCAUUGCUCGAGGUUCCUGCGUUGGUGUACUACUUGAUCUCACUCGUGGCACGCUACGUUUCACUGUAGACGACCAACCUCAGGGUGAUAUAGCAUUUACGGGUCUUCGCGGAGCGUUCUACCCGGCUGUGUCAUUGAACCGCGGUGUGGCCGUCACUCUGCAGCCAGGCCUACCGCCGCCACCGGACCUGCUCAUAUCACAAUUAUCUAUUGAAUAA